AUGUUUGACUAUGAUGAUCUGAUGCAAAAUCCAGAUUACCUAGAUUUAUUAGAUGUUGUAUCAACAUAUAAUGCAUGGGUCCCAAAUUAUCAAGCAGAAUUGCUUGAUUGCAUGAUUUUCUUAAGUAUUCCGACUAAUGUUCUUCCUCUUGCUCUCCAAAGUGUUUUAUCGUUUAACAACUGUGAUACUCUAUUAGAAGUUAGUAUUUCACUCAAUAAUUUCAAAUGGAGCCGUCAACCAAAUCAAGUCACCAUCAACCAUCCCCAAUUCCACAAGAAUUUUGUAGGAUAUAACUUAAUACAAGAUCUCAUUCCUAAUUUCUUUAGUCCAAAGUACUAUCCAAGACAAAAUUAUAAAUCAGCCGUUUCACUUCUGGCCUGUCAUGGUAAUUAUACUCAUGCAAAGCUUAAUGUACUUGUUGCGGAAGGAUUUGAUUACCAAAGAUCAGAAACAGCUUUAAUUCUCGCUAAAGAUGACAUUAAUGUUGCCAGAGAGAAGCUUAGAACAGGACUUGCACAAGUUGAUACGAUGCCAAUCAAUUCAACAUACGCUGAGUGUCCUCUUUUAUACUUUGUACUUGAAAUUAUCGAAGUAUUUUUAGAUCUUCCAGAUCAUUGUUGUAUUUGCAGAGCUCCAAUACAAGAUGGUUCUAUUAAACCUCUUGUUUGCACUAAUCCUGCAUGCAUCCACAAAUUUGAGCAAAAUGGUAUCGGAGUUUCAGUUAUUCAAGAAAUCAAGAGAGAUCCAUUGGUUGCUGACCUCCUUAUAUCAUGUUUUGCAACUUCUGCAGGGUCUCAGUUCCUUAAUCCAGCUCCUCCACCUGAAUUAAUGAAUUAUUCAAACCAAUUAGCCAAUUUGCCGGCCAUGAAUAACAUAACGAGACUUAACAAUGAUCAGGAACUCAAAAAUAUGAUAGGAAAUAACCUUUUCUCAUUAGUCAAAUGGAUAAUCUUAUCAAACAAGUCUCAUUUCAUCCAUUUACCGCAACAAAUGAUGUUACAGCAGAUUAGAUCACCAGAUCACUUCUUGGCAAUCAUUUCUUCCCCAGAAAGAGAAUACAGAUUUAGAGCAUUAAAGGCAAGAUACGGAUCUAUGUUUUUAUGGCAUGGAUCUGAAGGAAAAAGAUGGUAUCCGAUCCUUAGAAAUGGAUUACGAAACCUUUCCGGAACAAAUUUGAUGAGAGUCGGGCAAGCAUAUGGCGCAGGUAUUUACCUGGCUUCAAAUGCAUCAACAUCAUCAGGGUAUGUUGUCAAUUCUCCUAAUAACUAUAGGAAUUCAUCUUUUGGCCAAAAUUUGACUUUGAUUGCUCUUUGCGAAGUUGCAAAGGUUCCUGCACUCAAAGAUCAUGGGAAUGGUAUCCUCACAUGCGCAAACGAAGAUGCUGUCAAUAUUCGUUUCGUUUUUACAAAUCCAAUGGCAAUAGGUAAUGUUGAUACUGUUAGAAAUCAAUUAACAAAUGUCCCAUCACUUAGAGAUGUCCUCAAUGCAUUUGCAACCAAAGCUAUGCAAAAUCAAAAUCGAUAUUAUUAA